AUGAUUAUUGUCAAUCAUAUGAAAAGAUACGGAGAAACUUUAGAAGAUGUUCGCGUGAUUGAAAAGAUUCUUCGUUCUUUGACUCCAAAGUUUGAUUAUGUGGAAGACAUAUUCAAUAGGAGACAAGAUGAGUCUAUUGAAAAAGCCCUCAAAGCCAAGGUGUCUUUGAAAAAUAACCAAGAAGAAAAGAAUCGAAAGAGUCGAGGACAUGGACGAGGUCGAAAUUUUGGCCAACAAGGAUAUGGAAGAAGUGAUCGUGAAGAUCAUACAAGCAAUGAUGUAAGUUCAUCAUCAAGAAAUCAAGGAAGAUCAAGAGGAAGAUUUAAUAAUCAAAGAUCGAAUGAAAUGAGAAAUGAAGAGAGGGUUAAUCUCAUUGAAGAUCAACAAGAUGUUGAAGAGCCAACUUUGUUACUAACACUCAAGAAAAAAGAGAACAAUGAUGCAAGCACUUGGUACCUUGGCAAUGGAGCAAGCAAUCACAUGUAUGGAGACGAAGUGGCAUUUGUGGAACUUGAUGAGAAAUUUAAAGGUGAUGUUUCAUUUGAAGAUCCAAAUUCAAGGGAAAGAUAA